AGACCGUCACUGGACAAGUGUAACAUCAAGAUUUACUAAAAGCGGCGGCCAGAAUCCAGGGCAAUCACCAGUGGUCGAGAAAGGGUGGGGGUGGGACCACUAACUUAACAGGACUGCGCACACCAGAACGCUGUAGUAGAGAUCUUCUUCACAAAUAUCCAGCGUUUGGACGCAAAAGGAUGGAUUCUUUCAGAUCGGGCUCCAGCAUAGGACUGUCUCCCUCUCCCAGAGAUCGACAAUCAUCCAUGAGUUUUGAUCAGGAGCACUCACAGCCGGGAACAAUGGCCGGAGUUCAGGCGGGAACACUUGGCUUCCCAUCUGAAUCCUUGUGCGUAAAGUACGGGGAAUUUUUAAAACACACCGCUGCCGCCGCAGCUGCGGCGGAGAGCAGCGGCGGGGAGCAGAGUCAGGAUGAUGACAGUGAUGGCAUUGGCAGGAGUGACAUGGUGCUUUUUCCUGAGGAAAGGCUCAUGGCAUCAAUGGCCAAAUGUGACGCAGGUAAGAAACACAAAGAGCAGAAAGUGCUGCGGCUGAACAUUAACGCCCGGGAGAGGAGGAGGAUGCAUGACCUGAACGACGCGCUCGAUGAACUGAGGUCGGUGAUCCCCUACGCACACAGCCCGUCCGUACGGAAGUUAUCCAAAAUAGCCACUUUGCUCCUCGCCAAAAACUACAUCCUCAUGCAGGCGCAAGCACUUGAAGAGAUGAGAAGACUUGUCACUUAUCUUAACCAUGGACCCGGCGUUACCGCGGCGAAUACAUCUGGUGCACCCGGAUUAGGGCUCUAUGACCAGCCGACAGGAUACCCGUUCUCUGCUGUGACUCCAGACCCUUUCCAUAGCAAUGCAAAUCUCUUUAAUAAACACUUCAACCAUAAACCUUGAACAGUUGUGGCCGACGACACUAACAGGGGACUUCAAGUUUCGUGCACAAAACUGAAUUGAUGGGACCAGCGUGACUGACUGAGAAGUAACCACAUUACCAAAAUAUGGAUUCUUACUGUAUAUGAUUAUGUUAUAUAUUUCAUGGUGAUUAUGUAUCGAAAAUUGCUGUUGUUUUUGCAACACCAAACGAAAUGCCAGCUCCAUAACAUGGUCAAAAUGGUGAGGCUAAUUUGACUUUAACAAAUUACAAUGCAAGUCCAGUCUAUUUAUUUGACCAUUAUGUAGGCCUUUAUUAAUUUCAUUCAGUUUGAUUCGAUGAUGUUCGAUGAAUAAAUUGUAUUGGUGAUAUAA